AUGGCAUCACUAGACUCUCCCCGUCCCGAUUCUCCCCCAAAUAUUCCAUCUCUAGCCAUAAGAACUCAAGACGCCACCAACAAAUUCUCCAGGAGUAUUUCCCAUAAAGAAGCCUCCUUCGCUGAAACCCCACCUCGUUUAAGUUCAACUUCCCUCUCUCCCCGCCUUUACCUCUCUCAACCUUCCUCUCCUCGCCUUUCCUUCACGUCCUCCAAGCAGGACCAUGAUCUCCACACCAUCUACAGAUGCAUUUCUUCGGUGCUAAAAAAGGACGGCCAGAUUUUGUCCAUCGCAGCGUCCAAUGGUCUGGUGUAUACCGGUUCCCAGGGUAGUAUCAUUCGAAUAUGGAAGCUGCCCGAGUUCGCCGAAUGCGGCCAGCUCAAGUCCAAGGCCAACAUGGUUGUUUCCUUACAAGUAUCGAAUGAUAAGGUUUACGCUGCGUAUGCCGAUUGUAAAAUCCGGGUUUGGCACCGAACCUGGGAAGGAGCUGUAAAACAUGUACGAGUAGCAACUAUUCCUAAGCCCGGAGGUUAUGUCCGCAGCUACAUCACCGGCAAAGAUAAGAUGAUGAAACAUGCGGCACCAAUAACAUCACUAGCAAUUAACGUAUCAGAUGACAUCCUCUACUCAGCUUCUCUUGAUAGAACAGUAAAAGUAUGGAGAAUAUCUGAUCUAAAAUGCAUGGAGACAAUUCAAGCCCAUCGAGAGCCCAUCAAUGCCAUAGUUGUAGCUGACGACGGAGUCCUCUACACCGCAUCCGACGAUGCCACGGUCAGGGUGUGGAGGCGCAACUUUUGCAGCGGGGACCGCCCACAUUCCCUGACAGUCACCCUGCCCGCAAAGUAUUCCCCGGUAAAAACCCUGACCUUGACGGCGGAUGGAGGGUUCCUCUACGGCGGGUGCACCGAUGGCUACAUACACUAUUGGCUAAAAGGUUGGUUUUCGGGGCAGUUGCAAUAUGGGGGCCCCCUCCAAGGCCAUACUCACGCGGUAAUGUGCUUGGCCACCGCGGCCAGUUAUGUGGUUAGCGGGUCGGCUGACUCCAGCUGCCGGGUAUGGGUUAGGGAUCCAGAGGGUCAGCAUAAAUGUUUGGCAGUCCUUUUGGGUCAUAGAGGACCGAUCAGGUGCGUUGCAGCAUUUGUUGCUGCUUGUGGGACUGGCAAUGAGGAGGUUGAUGAUGGUUGUACCAUCUGCACUGGAAGUUUGGAUGGAGUCCUUAAAGUUUGGCGGGUCAAGUGUGCAAGUAGUACCGCACGAGGUACCCUACAGAACAACUGCGAGUACUUUGAGCUUGCAUGA